CGCGGAGCGGGCCCGGCCCGGCCGUAGCGGAGCGCGGAGCGGCGGCGGCAGCUUGCCAUGGCCGACCCCAGCCACAUCCAGUCGGCUGCCUCCAAGAGCAUCCGCCCCUUCCGCUCCAGCGAGGAGUACCUGGAGGCCAUGAAGGAGGACCUGGCCGAGUGGUUCAACACCCUCUACGACCUGGACAUCCAGGUGGACACCUUCCUGGAGAGCCUGGAGACGGGGUGUCACCUCUGCCGCCACGCCAACAACGUCAACCGCAUCGCCCUGGACUUCCAGGAGCGGCACCCCGAGGCGGCCGCGCGCAUGCGGGUGCCCCAGAACGAGGUGGUCUUCCAGGCCAAGAACGUGGUGCCCGGCUCCUUCAUCGCCCGGGAUAACGUCUCCAACUUCAUCCAGUGGUGCCGGCAGGACCUGGGCAUCCAGGACGUGCUCAUGUUCGAGACCAACGACUUGGUGCUGAAGAAGAACGAGAAGAACUUUGUCCUCUGCCUGCUGGAGGUGGCCAGGAGGGGCUCCAAGUUCGGCAUGCUGGCCCCCAUGCUGAUCCAAAUGGAGGAGGAGAUCGAGGAGGAGAUGAGGGACCAAAUGGCCGACGGCGCGCUGGGCCCGCGCCGGGAGAGCCGGGACCCCCAGGCGGGCGCCUUCCCCGGCCGGGCCCGGCCCAUCACCCUGUGCGACCUCAAGAACCUGGACGAGCUGGUGCGGGAGAUCCUGGGCUGCUGCUCCUGCCCCUCGCAGUUCCCCAUGGUCAAGGUCUCGGAGGGGAAGUACAAAGUGGGCGACUCCAACACGCUCAUCUUCGUCCGAGUGCUGCGGAGCCACGUCAUGGUGCGCGUGGGCGGCGGCUGGGACACACUGGAACAUUACCUGGACAAGCACGACCCGUGUCGCUGCGCUGCCCUCUCCCACCGCCUGCCGCAGCCCCGCACGCCGGGCAUGUCCCCCCAAAAAGCAGCCCCCGGCGCCUGCUCGUCCCGCGCCUCCAGCCCCAGCGUCCCCCGGCGCCCCCGGCCCGCGGGGCCCCCCCCGGCCGCGGCAGAGCGAGCCCAGCCCCGGGGGGACCCCCCGAAGCCCCCCAGGCAGGAGGGUUUGCCCCCACGAGGGGCGGCCGCCCCCUGCUCCGGCAGCCCCUCCCGGAGCCCCGCGGAGCCAAGGGGAGCAGGGACCCACAGGCCGCGCGCCCCGGCUCGCUCCCGGCGCUGCUCGGGUGACAGCGACUCCUCGGCCGCCUCCCCCGGCGGGCGGCGCGACCCCCGGCCCGGCCCCGGGGACCCCGAGGAGCUGGCGCGGAGGCUGCGGGCCCCGCGCUGGCUGGAGCCCGGGCAGGAGCAGCGGCUGUUCCAGCGGCUGGAGGAGGAAUUCCUGGCCAACACGCGGCUGCUGGAGCAGCUGGGGGACGCGGAGAUCCCCCCGCCCGCGCCCCCCGCCGCCGCCGACUCGGCGUACUGCUCCUCCUCAUCCUCGUCCUCCUCCCUGAACGUGUUCGCCAAGCAGGGGCUGCCCGCCGAGGACGGGCGGCGGGGCGGGAGCAGCGACGGGAACAACAACGGGAACAACAACGGGAACAACAACGGCGGGUGCCCCCCGCUGCCGUCCAACCCCACCCUGGCAGAUGCCCGGCGCCGCUCCACCUUCUCCAGCUCCUCCGACGAGAGCUGCUGCUUCCCGGCCUCCUGGGACAACCGGGAGACGCCGGGCAACCCCGGCUCCGACACCGACUGGGCCGCCGGCGAGGACGAGCUGAUGGAGACGGAGGAGAGCCCCGGGCCGGGGGUGCCCGCGGCCCCGCCGCGGCCCUGGGCCAAGCCCCGGCUGGACACGCAGCCCCACAGGGCGCCCUCCCGCAUCCCCACGCCCCGGGGCUACGGGGCAGGCGCCCAGCGGGCCCCGAACGGCGGCCCCAGGGCCUGGGGGGCUCUGCAGAGCAUCCCCUCGUCCCUCCUGGAGCCCGCCUGGGCCCCGCGGGAGCGCGAGGGGCUGGAGGACAGAGCGUGGCCCUGAGGGGUCCAUGGCCGUGGCAGCUCCUGGCAGCCCCUGGGGACAUCCCCGAGCUGCUGGGAGGGCAGAGGUGGCACCCGGCCAGGCGAGGGCCACAGAGGUGGCCAGGACCUCUUCACUUGGUGACUGUCGGCACUGGGGUGGGCCCGGCCAGGAGCCCCCGGCCCCAGAGGGUGCCAGGGGUGUCCCCAUGCCACGGGGAGCAGCUCCGCAGAGGGGGCAGCCGUGUGGUCAGGGCAGUGGUGGCCAGAGCAGAGCUGGGAACGGGGCUGGAGAGCACCCACUUCUCUUGGUCUCUUCAUCUCCUCACUUGUUUUCCUUAUCUUGACCAUCUCUUCUUGUCUUCUCCUCCUCGUCUUGCUAUUCUUGUCAUCCUCCUCCUCCUCACAUCUUCUCUUCUUUUGCACUGCCUCCUCCUUCUCUUCUCCUCCUCUUGGCCCUCACAUCAUUUUCCUUCAUCA